UGAGAGCAAAAGAGAGGGAGGGUGAAAGACAGAGAGAGAAUAAGGAGACUAAAAUUCAACUAUUGAACAAACAAGUCUCACUUCAUGAAAGAGCAACUUGUUGAAUAAAAGCGUUUAGUCACCCUUGAAAGGCAAAUUGGCAGAAAGAAGCAGUUUGGAGGUUAAAGACUGCAAGGCAAAUGAUAAAAAAAGACUGAGAACUUUUUUUAAAAUAUGGACUGUUUUUCUGAGAUAUCAUGCUUUUUUAUUUAUUUAUUUUUUAUUUUUUUUAGCCUAAACGGGGAAGUUGUUGAGAUUUCAAUGAGGUUUCAUUUGAUUUAAGAGCUGUUGAAAAGCAAACUGUUAUCCGACAGUACCUGAGAGAGAACAGCAUCUAACCCAACAGUGUAUGAGCCAUGGGGACCUUCGUUGGAGGAUAUUUUAACGUCACCUCUGAGUGCCCUGUCAAUGCCACGUACCGCCACUUGGGGGUGCCCUACUUAAAGAAACUGGCCCAUUUGGAUGAAGCUCUCUACCAGGAAUUCUACGUUCUCUGGAUUGCACUAAUAGUAGUAAACACGCUCAUGUUUGUGGUCGGCGUCGUUCUAAACAGCCUAGCCCUCUAUGUUUUCUGCCAGCAGAGUCGUUCUCGGACAACACCUGGCAUAUAUACCAUAAACCUAGCAGUGGCCGACCUGCUAGUGGCGCUGUCGCUCCCUGCACGCAUCGCUCUCUACCACAGCGGUGGUAACUGCGUUGCCUGUUUCUACGUUCACACCUUCAGCUACUUCGUAAACAUGUACUGCAGCAUCUUGUUCCUCACCAGCAUCUGCGUCGACCGCUACAUGGCAGUUGUGCGAUCCACAGGGACCGUUGGACGCUGGCGAAGCCCCGCAGUCGCUAAAAUCGUAAGCGUUUGCGUGUGGUUGUUCGCCGUGGUAGUCACCUAUUCCCUGCAAACCUCCGCGCUUGAGUUCCAUGGCGUGUCUUGUUGUCGUUUAGCUGUUCUUUUCGUCCUAACUUUGCUUGAAUUCGUAUUGCCGCUUUUAGUCAUAGUAACGUUUACCAUACGCGUAGCAUGCGCGCUGGCGGACGGCAGGCUCAUGCCGCAGAGCUGGGGUCGCCGUACACGCGCGGUAAGGCUGCUCGUAGCUGUUCUAGUGGUGUUCACUAUUUGUUUUACACCGUAUCAUGUGCGCGAGGCUGUGGUGUAUUUCCAGCUAGGGGGCAGCAGAGAGCAGCACGUAGUGGCAUACCAUGCUACAAUCACUCUCAGCAGUUUAAACAGCUGCCUCGAUCCUGUGGUUUACUGCUUCGUACCAGAUAGUUUCCGCACUACUCUUCGCAAAGAACAGAGAAAGAGGUUGGCAGAACAUCCGACUGCGAAGGGUAACCAGAGCAACAAAGGUUCCGGAACGCCUACGGCCAUUGCGUACAGUGUGGCGACACUCACGCUAACACCAUAUUUACUGCCAUCCAGAGACAUCCCUGCCUGAAUUGAGUGACAGAGAGUAAUGAAACUCAAACAGGCACUUUAGCAAGAGAUAUUAGAAAUGUUGACAACCACAAACAGUAUGCAUAUUGUCUUUUUGUGAAAUGUAUUGCUUGAAAAGUGUACUCGUUCUACCUUUCUUUCAAAUAAAUGUCAUUUGCUUUGAUAUUUUGUUAAUGCAAUGACAUUCAGACAUUUUAAAGUGUGACUUUAGUGUCCAAAUAUUUUUUGGGGAGCCAUACAUAACAGUGAACUCUUACACCCUACACGGAGUUCUCGUGCGAGCUGUUUAUUUUGCUCCUCACUUGAUUUAAUGGAGCUGUUCGCUCAUGUGUUUAUGUGUAGAGAGACCACACUGAGAACUCUCAGCAGAGUGCCAUGCAAGUAUAAAGUGGUCGGAACUCACAUUUAUAGAUACAUUAAAGUAAAGGUAAAGUUAAACAACUUUUGCAUUACCAAGAGCAAAACAGUGGCAUAGGUGAUAUCAUAGAUUUUGGGGGGAUGGGGGGGGUGUUGUACUUGUUUGUUUUGAUUAUUGAAAACCAGACAAAUUUGUAUUUGCGUCCAGAGGCGUUCAGGUGAUGUCCUGGCCUCAAUAACAGUGCAGGUUGCAGAACAAAGUGUUAUAUGUAUAUGUAUACUAAUUAUAUGUAAUAUAAUUAUAUAUUUUAAUUAUUUACCCUUUUUUAAAUCUUGUUUUGGAGUCAAUUAUUUUCGGUUUUGACUGUAAGACACUGAAAUGUAUUCUACCACAAGAGGGCAUAAUUUCUUU